UGUAACAUGCGGUUCAUAACGACAAUUUGACUCGAAAUACCAAAUGUGGGGUACCAAAUUAUUCGUAAAAAAUGCUUCUCCAAAUAUGCUGAUGAGCAACACUUGUUCUAUUUUGGCAAAAUUCAGAUAUGAUUAGAAAUACGAUUUGGGCAUCUUUUAACCAGCCAGCAUAAGGUACCUAUAUUAUGUUAUAAAUGUAACUGAGCAAUGCUUUGAUUUCACUUCAUUGAUAUAUGUUCAAGCACCUGUAGUGCUAAAUGUCACUGUCACAGGAUGGUUUACAACGAAAAGUCAGAAAAUAGUUAUCCAAAGACGGAGAAGGAAAUCUAUUACACCCCUAUACAUAAUUAUAAUACAAGACUAUCGGCGAAAGCAUACAAGAAAAAGGACAAUACAAAACAGUACCAAGCCAAGCUAUUAAAUUUUCAAAUCGAUUCUGAUGAAGAGACUUACCUUAUAGAUAAUUUCGAAAAUCACAGCGAUCGUUUUUCGAAUACUAGUACGAAUUGUUCGAAAAACAUAUCGGAAGUCGAAAAUUCUGAAUUGUAUGAACGGACAAUCCAAAAUUGUUUGAUCCCCUAUAACAGGAAAAUGGAAUUUCACGAACCACCUUGUAUACAGAAUGAUAGAAAGCAAAUUUGGAUGAAAAAUGUUAUGAUAAUACUGUUUGCAGCUGUUCUUGGAUGGUACGUGAAUUACGUUAGAGUUCAAAUUGUAAAACUCAAGACAGAUGUAGAAACAGCCAACACUCAAGUGAAGAAUAUUAUCGAUGCUAGGCUGGAUACUCUUUACAAAAUAAGUGAAAUCGGCAACGAAAUUAAGGAUUUAAGACAAAGCCAAAAUAAUUUUAGACAAUCUGUACAAAAGAUGGUAGAGAACGAAAUUAACAAGAUGUACAGUGAUAAGACAGGAAGAACAGAUUUUGCGUUAGAAUCAGCAGGAGGAAGAAUUGUUCAGUUAUCGCCUGGUACAGAAAACUAUGGACAGCCAAAAAAUUCCCUGCUUGGAAUCUCACUGUGCGAAGGAAUGCAUGGACCCAGGGCAAUGAUUCAGACUGGUACAUCCCCUGGAGAAUGUUGGGCAUUCAAAGGGUCAAAUGGUGGAGCUGUUAUUAAGCUUCUGGGCAAGAUCAAAAUUGAUGCUAUCAGUUUGGAGCACAUAUCGAAAACAAUAUCGCCUUCUGGAGAUUCGACCACAGCGCCCAAAGAUUUUACAGUUUGGGGUUUGAAGACUCCAACAGAUAGAGGAACCCUUUUAGGACAGUAUUCGUAUAAUAUCGAAGGUCCUUUAGUACAGACGUUUACUUUAGCUACUAAAUCAGAUGAGACCUACGAGUUUGUAGAACUGAGAAUCAUUUCUAAUCACGGAAAUCCAGACUUCACUUGCAUAUACAGAUUUAGGGUUCAUGGUGAAAUGGAAAUGCGAAUGGAAGAGAAAUAAACAGAAUUUGUAGGUGUUCUAAGCUGUAUUUAUUUUAUUUUUAUAUUGACAAAAAAUAUAAUAAUUUUACACAGUUUUUUUUUUAUUU